AGCCACCAACCUUUUUUCCCUUCAUUUUCGCACACCCAACGGAGAUCUAGAGAAGGCAUCGAGAAAGAUGGGAAGCACUGGAUUUUCAUGGAAAUUGGCCGAUCAUCCCAAGCUUCCCAAGGGAAAGCUUGUUGCCAUGGUGGUUUUGGAUGGUUGGGGUGAAGCUUCUCCCGACAAGUAUAACUGCAUCCAUGUCGCUGAAACUCCAACUAUGGAUUCUCUCAAAAACGGCGCCCCUGAAAAAUGGAGAUUGGUGAGGGCUCAUGGUACUGCGGUCGGACUUCCCACUGAAGAUGACAUGGGAAACAGUGAAGUUGGACAUAAUGCUCUUGGUGCUGGAAGAAUCUUUGCUCAAGGUGCAAAACUUGUUGACCUUGCGCUUGCCUCUGGUAAAAUAUUUGAAGAUGAAGGUUUCAAUUACAUUAAGGAAUGUUUUGCAAAUAACACCUUGCACCUUAUUGGAUUGAUGAGUGAUGGGGGUGUGCACUCACGCCUUGAUCAGUUACAGUUGUUGCUCAGAGGUGCUAGCGAACGUGGUGCCAAGAAGAUACGUGUUCAUGUGCUUACUGAUGGCCGUGAUGUUUUGGAUGGUUCAAGUGUUGGUUUUGCUGAAACGCUUGAGGCAGAACUCUCAGAUUUGCGCAGCAAAGGCAUCGACGCCCAGGUUGCUUCUGGUGGUGGGCGCAUGUAUGUCACCAUGGAUCGUUAUGAGAAUGAUUGGGAAGUUGUGAAACGUGGUUGGGAUGCCCAGGUUCUUGGCGAAGCCCCACACAAAUUUAAGAAUGUUGUUGAGGCUGUCAAUAAACUGAGGGAGGUUCCUGGUGCUAAUGAUCAAUACUUGCCCCCAUUUGUCAUUGCUGAUGAGAGUGGAAAGCCUGUUGGUCCCAUUGUGGAUGGUGAUGCUGUCGUCACUUUCAACUUCCGAGCAGAUCGUAUGACAAUGCUUGCCCAAGCUCUUGAGUAUGAGAAGUUUGAUAAAUUUGACAGAGUGCGGGUCCCUAAAAUCCGCUAUGCUGGUAUGCUUCAGUAUGAUGGGGAGUUGAAGCUUCCAAACCAUUACCUUGUAUCUCCUCCAUUGAUAGAGAGGACAUCUGGCGAAUAUUUAGUGCAUAAUGGGGUUCGCACUUUUGCUUGCAGUGAGACUGUCAAAUUUGGUCAUGUCACAUUUUUCUGGAACGGAAACCGCUCUGGAUAUUUCAAUUUGGAGUUGGAAGAAUAUGUUGAAAUUCCGAGUGAUAGUGGAAUUACCUUCAACGAACAACCAAAGAUGAAAGCUUUGGAGAUUGGUGAGAAAACCCGUGAUGCUAUCCUCAGCGGAAAAUUUGACCAGGUGCGUGUGAACAUACCAAAUGGUGACAUGGUUGGGCAUACUGGUGAUGUUGAAGCAACUGUUGUGGCCUGCAAGGCUGCUGAUGAAGCUGUCAAGAUGAUCCUUGAUGCAGUAGAGCAAGUUGGUGGAAUAUAUGUGGUGACUGCAGAUCAUGGUAAUGCUGAGGACAUGGUAAAGAGAAACAAGAAGGGGGAACCUAUUCUUAAGGAUGGCAAGGUUCAGAUCCUAACCUCCCACACUCUUCAGCCGGUACCGAUUGCAAUAGGAGGUCCGGGGUUGAUAGCAGGUGCGGGAUUCCGUAAGGAUGUUCCGAGUGGAGGACUAGCAAACGUAGCAGCAACAGUGAUGAAUCUGCAUGGGUUUGUGGCUCCUGAUGACUACGAAACAACUCUAAUUGAAGUUGUUGAUUAAGGAGUUAGUUUUGGGUCUUGGGAGAUGAAAGAAACAAACUUUUGAUUUUGAAUAAUUUGAAGGAAAACAGUAAACAUACAACAAACGUUAUGUUUAGUAGUUACUUUUUUCCAAUUUUGGUCACCAUCAUAUGAUACUGUAUCAGUAUCAGUAUCAGUAGGUGGUUUUACCUUUUAGUCAGUAUUGUUUGCUUUGCUGCUUUAUAUUUAUUUAAGCAAAGGCAUGAUUUGCAGUCACUUGAUCA